AUGAAGGAUGGUAGUGAGUGUGUGAUGGAUGGUAGUGUGAAGGAUGAUAGUGAGAGUGUGAAGGAUGGUAGUGUGAAGGAUGGUAGUGUGAAGGAUGAUAGUGAGAGUGUGAAAGAUGGUAGUGUGAAGGAUGGUAGUGAGAGUGUGAAGGAUGGUAGUGUGAAGGAUGGUAGUGUGAAGGAUGGUAGUGUGAAGGAUGAUAAUGAGAGUGUGAAAGAUGGUAGUGUGAAGGAUGGUAGUGAGAGUGUGAAGGAUGGUAGUGUGAAGGAUGGUAGUGAGAGUUGUGUGAAGGAUGGUGGUGAGAGUGUGAAGGAUGAUAGUGUGAGUGUGAAGGAUGAUAGUGAGAGUGUGAAGGAUGGUUGUGAGAGUGUGAAGGAUGAUAGUGAGAGUGUGAAGGAUGAUAGUGAGAGCAUGGAGGAUGAUAGUGAGAGCAUGAAGGAUGGUAGUGAGAGCAUGAAGGGUGAUAGUGUGAAUGUGAAGGAUGGUAGUGAGAGCAUGAAGGAUGAUAGUGUGAGUGUGAAGGAUGAUAGUGAGAGUGUGAAGGAUGGUAGUGAGAGUGUGAAGGAUGAUAGUGAGAGUGUGAAGGAUGAUAGUGAGAGCAUGGAGGAUGAUAGUGAGAGCAUGAAGGAUGGUAGUGAGAGCCUGAAGGAUGAUAGUGUGAGUGUGAAGGAUGGUAGUGAGAGCAUGGAGGAUGAUAGUGAGAGUGUGAAGGAUGAUAGUGUGAGUGUGAAGGAUGAUAGUGAGAAUGAUACUGCCUCAGUGGAAGCAUGUAAACUCUAUGAGCGCGCCGCAUGUUGUAAAAGAUAUAUAUUGCACAUUAUGAUCAAAUUCACCGUAGAUAUAAACUGCUGGGCUUAUAAACGAUAG